CCUGCUUUCCGCAGCUCGGGAGAAGGACUGGAGGGCCGGCCUGGGCUGCAAGUUCCAGGGGGCUGGAGCUGGAGGCGCAGGGGAGCGGGGCGCGGGACUGCGGGGUACCCUCGGAGGGGCGGGGACGUCAGACCCGCCUUCCGCUGCCUAUCCCCGCCUCACUCCUACCCUCUCAGCCCCAAACUCCACCCCCGGGCACUUCUGGCCUCUCCUAAAGUGGAUUGCUCCCGGAAGCGUCCGUAAAAGCGCCUGAAGUGCUAAAUUACUUUUGCCCAGAGAACUCAAGUGAGAGAAAAUCUACGUCCAGUCCAGCGUUCUGAGUUGCAGACAAGAACUUCUGUUGGGAGGAGAAAGCAAAGUUCAGACGUCUUUGGACCUGGUGGUGUGGCUGUCCCUCAUGGCUUCACACAGUGAAUCCGGCAAUGACUGCUCCCAAAUCAUCGAUCACGACCAUGUCCCUGAAUUUGAGGUGGCCACCUGGAUCAAAAUCACCCUCUUCCUGGUGUACCUGAUCAUCUUUGUUGUGGGCAUCCUGGGGAACAGCAUCACCAUCCGGGUUACCCAGGUGUUGCAAAAGAAAGGCUACCUGCAGAAGGAGGUGACCGAUCACAUGGUGAGCCUGGCGUGCUCCGACAUCUUGGUCUUCCUCAUUGGGAUGCCAAUGGAGUUCUACAGCAUCAUCUGGAACCCUCUGACCACCCCCAGCGACGCCCUGUCCUGCAAGCUUCACACUUUCCUCUUCGAGACCUGCAGCUACGCCACGCUGCUCCAUGUGCUGACGCUUAGCUUCGAGCGCUAUAUUGCUAUCUGUCACCCCUUCAGGUAUAAGGCCAUGUCAGGACCCUGCCAGGUGAAACUGUUGAUUGCCUUCGUCUGGGUCACCUCUGCCCUGGUGGCAUUGCCCUUGCUUUUUGCCAUGGGUAUUGAGUACCCCCUGGUGCAUGUGCCUACUCACCCGGUCUUCCCUUGCAACCGCUCCCGUAACCGCCACCAGGAGCACCCAGAGGCUUCCAACAUGUCCAUCUGUACCAAUCUCUCCAGCCGCUGGACCGUGUUCCAGUCCAGCAUCUUUGGUGCAUUUGUCCUCUACCUCUUGGUCUUGCUCGCUGUGACUUUCAUGUGCUGGAACAUGAUGCAGGUGAUCAUGAGGAGCAAGCUGGGCACAGUGGCUGGGACCGGGCAGGUGCAACUGAGAAAGGCUGAGAGCGAGGAAAGCCGGACUGCCAGGAGGCAGAUCAUCAUCUUCCUGAGGCUGAUUGUUGUGACGUUAGCCGUAUGCUGGAUGCCCAACCAGAUUCGCAGGAUCAUGGCCGCAGCCAAGCCCAAGCACGACUGGACCAAGUCCUACUUCCGGGCGUACAUGAUCCUGCUCCCCUUCUCGGACACCUUCUUCUUCCUCAGCUCGGUGGUAAACCCUCUCCUGUACAACGUGUCCUCACUGCAGUUCCGCAGGGUGUUCGGGCAGGUGCUGCGCUGCCACCUGACGCUGCCCCACGCCAACCAGGAGAGACGUCUGCGCGCCCAGGGCAGCUGCAGCACUGACAUGUCGCGCUCCGCCCGCAGCCCGCUCAUCUUCUUGGCUUCCCACCGCAAUUCCUCUGCAAGGAGAACUAACAAGGUUUUCUUAAGCACUUUUCAGAGCCAGGCCACGCCCGAGAUGAAGCCCCGGUCACUGAGUCAGGAGUCACCACAGCCCAACUCGGGCACCUCUGCGGCCGAGAAUGGUUUUCAGGAGCUCGAGGUGUGAGGGUCAGG